AUGGCACAUUUUCUGUGGAGAUCCACACCGAGAUCUACGAAAUUUACAUUAACAUGCCUCUUCACCGUUUCGCUGCUCAUUUUGAUUCUAAAAAUCAGGACUAGACGGAUUGCGCAGGCUGACCCUAUGGCACCGGCUUCUCUUCUGGACAUUGUGGUGCCAUUUUUGCAAUUGAUCCCCCGCUCUGCCAUAUUCUAUCCUUGGGUAUUUGCAACGGCCAUUUUUGCUGAAGUGUCCUUCUUUUCCUUUCUUUUGUCGACUGUUGUACUUUACAUAGGAACAGGAUACGUGGAGAAGUUUUGGGGCUACAGGGAAGUUGUCAAGUACAUUUUAUUGGUUGGAGUGCUCACCAAUUUGUUUACUGUCAUCGUGGCUAUAGUCAGCAAUAUUUUCCGUGGAGACGUGGCCGGAAUGGACAAGCCUUUAGGCGGAGGCAUUUCAUACUUGUUCGCCUUUUUGGUUGUUAUAAAGCGCCUCAUCCCCGAGCACAAUGUGGUUCUCUUCCAUGGCUUGAUAAACUUCAGAAUCAAGCACUUGCCCUUUAUUCUGUUAGUUCUUGUCACUUUGUGGUCGUCCAUCUUCCGUACUUUACAUCCGGCAGUACCGUCAUUGUUGUCUUUUUUCAUUGCUUACAUUUAUCUACGGUUCUUUCAGAUUGCCAAUGUGGACCCAAUAUUACCAGUGGCUUCUACCAAUGAGGAAGGAGCGGUUUCAGUGAUCAGGGGCGAUGGGUCGGAUGCAUUUCAGUUGGUGGAGUUUUUCCCCGGCAUCACAAAGCCUUAUCUUUCGAUAUUGUUUAAUGCCGUCUAUAAAUUGAGUGUCUCUCUUGGUCUUGUGACCCCAUUCGACGAUGACUUCAUUGAGCAGAGUAACUUGAGAGCGCAAAAAUUGAGUGAACGCCUCAACCAGGCUAAUAAGCUGAUAGCAAAUUCUGUCGCAGAGCGCAGGAGACAGGUUGCGCUCCAAGUGAUUGAAGAUCGAAUGAACGGAUCAUCGUGA